AUGUCAAAUCAGAACCCGGAUUCGACAAAUGUCCGAGAGGGGCGCCCAGAAUGGCAGGAGGAAGGUUUCAGUUCUCGUCGGGAAUGGCAAGACUGGCUAAACGAGUCCGAAGCCACCGAUAAUGCAUACGACGCCCAGGUGGAGGAGCCGCCGCUUGAUGACAGCGAAGAGGAUGAGGGCUUCGACGAGGAGUUUGUUAGCGAGCAAGACUCAGAAGACGAAGACGACGACGACGAGGAAUCGGAAGGCGGUGAGCCUAGAAAAUACGUCGAGCCCGAAGACGACAGCAGCGCCGACGAUCGUUCCGAGGCUGCAGACAACGGCGAGCCUGGAGUAGACGACACUGUGCUCACCUCUAUUUACGGCUUCGCGCACGACAAGAACAAAGACUAUGCCCUCGUUGAGCAGUCAGCUCGUGGAGCUCUCAACGCUAUCACCAUAGCCCUUCAAGACAUCAUCAACAGGAGCCAGGCGCGACAAGGUGACCCAGAGAGCCUCGCGAAAGAGAUCCAGAACGCCUUUGCCACGACUUUGCCUACGAUAGCAGUGCUUCCCAAGGGGAAGGCGCCGACAGCGACUAUGAAGAGGAUGUUCAAGACAUUACAACGCCGCCACGCCGAAUCAAGCGACCCGGGCACCAGUAACUAG